AUGGCCUUCAUCGACAAGGUCGGCCGGAAGCCCAUUCUCAUCGGAGGCUCUAUCGUUAUGUUGAUUUCCAUGAUCAUUCCUGGAAUCAUCGUUGCCAAAUUUAGUUAUGACUGGCCGGGUCACCCUGCCGAGGGCUGGAUUGCUGUUGCGUUUAUCUGGAUCUAUAUCGGAGCGUUUGGUGCUUCGUGGGGCCCGGUUUCUUGGACGCUGAUCUCCGAGAUCUUUCCCCUUUCCAUCCGUGCUAAGGGUGCUUCGAUCGGCGCAUCUAGCAACUGGAUCAAUAACUUCGCCGUCGCCUUCUACGUCCCUUCUAUGCUCAAGAAUUGGCAAUGGGGCACGUACAUCUUCUUCGCCGUCUUUCUUGGCGGCAGCAUCGUGUGGGUUUGGUUCUGCCUUCCGGAGACCAAGGGCGUUACCCUCGAGGAGAUGGACCGUGUCUUUGGCAGUAACACAGCCGCCGAGGACACGAUCUUACUUGAGCAGGCCAGAAGGGAUGUCGGCUUGACCGAAGAUCUGGAGGACAACGCCAUCCAGUCCGAGAAGAAGAGUCUCGGCGAGAGUCAGCUUGAGUCUGCUUAA